UUCACGUGAUAAAGGAUGGGGCUUGUUUGGAGAAAAGAAGGUCCCCAUCUUGAGCUUUCUGUGGGACAGUGUAUGGUGGACAGCAGUUUUCCCAUUUCAUUAUCAGCUGGAUUAGUUCAUCUUGCCUUGUUCUUCAUAGCUCCCUGUGGCCUCACCAAGCAUUCCUGGAAGGGCUUCUGUAUCUUUAGCCCUGAGUUCAAGUUCAGAUCUUUUAAUUCCAGGCUUUGUCGUCUCAAAGUCAAAGUUAGCUCUGUAUGCAUGUAGGCUGGCCAGCUUUUGGGGGGAAGGUUCCUCCAAGAGAGGAUGGCUCUUUGCCAUCUGGUUCCCCCCUUACCUGUUUCCUAGCACAGGUGCCUGGCACAUGUUGACCCCAGGAAAUGUUUGUGGCAUAAAUGAGUAAACUUACCGUACUAUCCUUAGCUCCCGCUGCUUUCCUACUAUGUCAAUUCACACAGCAUCUAAACAGGACUAUUCUCUGUUUUCCUCUUAGAGGAUGUCUUUUUUUUUUUUUUUUUUUUUUUUUGAGGAUAAGUCUUAAUCAGCUUUGGAUCUCAAGCUUCUAGAACAAAGCAGGUUUUCAAUUAGUGUGUGGGCCACUGUUCAUUCCGUUCCCUCUAUCUAGAAUUCUUCACUUCAGCCAGGCUCUGGACUUUGAAAUCUUAGCUGUCCUUGAAGCGUCAGCUCAAAAACGCCACAUCUUGCUUCAUUACUCCAGCCUAAAGAGUAAUAGCUGAUAUUUUUUGCAAAGGGUUGUCCACAGUAUCAAUCCUCCACCAUUCAAAUUAUCAUUCUUCCUGAUUUACAGUUUAGGAAACAGAAGCAACUUCCCAAGGUCAAACUACAGUAAACUCUGUACACAAAUGACUUCAAAGACACGUCCACAGCCGCUAAACUCUACAGAAGGUCCCUCUCUGUACUACGGUCCCAUCAGAGCUUGUUCAUGGGGACAGUAUAGGAUCUGUCACGUCAUCUGCACUGUUUCCAUCUUCUACUGGGUUGAGAGCCCUGUGCUGUUUCUUUGCAUUUCCACCGCCUAGGCAGUGUCUAGAUAUUGGAUGGUGGUCCCGGGCAAACUCAUCUCCCACUACAGGUGCAGGUACCUCUCAUACCUUAAGUUUGUUAUUGUUCAUGAUUUGUGGGCUUGCCUCUUUAAACUGGUAGCACCCCAAGGACAAAUCUCGUAUGUGUUUCAUCUCUUUAUCCCAAACUCUUGGCUUGGCACUCGGGUGCUACUCAAGGUGAAUUAAGAAACCUCCGUUAUCCCUCCCUAUCACUAGAUGGGCUGCAGACACUUCCAGGCUUUCUUUCCUCCUCCCUAAUGGCAAGCUUGCCCAAGGGCGCUUGCCGGCGAUGGAGCGCGCAGUGGAGCCCUGGGGCCCAGACCUCCGUGGCCGGGAGGAAAGGGAGCAGCUGCGAGGCGCCCGCACAGGUCUAGGGAGUGAGAACGUGGAGAUGUCUCAGACGGAUGAGUUUGAACACACCCCACAGGAGGAUGACUUGGGGUUCAAGGAAGAGGAAGGUCUGACCUCGGGUCAUGAAGUCGGAAAUGCCUCUCUCAAACCUGAAGGCAUCCAGACCUGGGAUGACUUAUGGGUCCAGAGAGAGGGCCCAGGAAAGCCGCAGGCUCAGGACAGAGGCCCCCGGCUCCUGGGAGAGCCACGCUGGGGCCAGGCUAGCGAUCGGUCUGCUGUGUGUGGCGAGUGUGGCAAGAGCUUUCGGCAGAUGUCAGAUCUGGUGAAACACCAGCGGACCCACACAGGGGAGAAACCCUACAAGUGCGGGGUCUGCGGCAAGGGCUUUGGGGACAGUUCUGCCCGUAUCAAACACCAGCGAACUCACAGUGGUGAAAAGCCCUACAGAGCCCGACCACCGGCCCAGGGCCCCCCAAAGAUUCCUCGGUCCAGGAUCCCUGCUGGAGAGCGCCCCACUAUCUGCGGUGAAUGUGGCAAGAGCUUCCGGCAGAGUUCUGACCUGGUGAAACACCAGCGGACACACACGGGUGAGAAGCCCUACAAGUGUGGCAUCUGUGGCAAGGGCUUUGGCGACAGUUCUGCCCGCAUAAAGCACCAGCGGACACACCGGGGGGAGCAGGCCCCCCGGCCCGUGGUGCCCCGGCGGCAGCCAUCCCGAGCAGCCCCGGCAGCCACACAGGGACCCAAGGCUCGGGACAAACCAUAUAUCUGCACCGAUUGUGGCAAAAGAUUUGUGCUCAGCUGCAGUCUUCUGAGCCACCAGCGCAGUCACCUGGGGCCCAAACCUUUUGGCUGUGAUGUGUGUGGAAAGGAAUUUGCCCGGGGCUCAGACCUAGUGAAGCACCUGCGGGUGCACACGGGAGAGAAGCCCUACCUGUGCCCUGAGUGUGGCAAGGGCUUCGCUGACAGCUCUGCCAGGGUGAAGCACCUGCGCACCCACAGUGGGGAGAGGCCUCAUGCCUGCCCGGAAUGUGACCGCACCUUCAGCCUCAGCUCCACCCUUCUCCGUCACCGCCUCACUCACAUGGAAGCCCAGGACUUCAGCUUCCCAGGCUACCCUUUGGCCCCCCUGAUCCCCAGCCCACCCCCCAGCUCAAGCCCACCCCCACCUCCUCUUGGCACCAGCCCCCCAUUGACACCUCGAAGCCCUUCGCACUCAGGCGACGGGCCUUUUGGCCUGCCUGGCUUGGAGCCCGAGCCUGGGGGCCCCCAGGCUGGGGAGCCACCCCCACCGCUAGCAGGUGACAAGCCCCACAAGUGUCCUGAGUGUGGCAAGGGCUUCCGCCGAAGCUCGGACCUGGUGAAACACCAUCGUGUGCACACAGGGGAGAAGCCCUACCUGUGCCCUGAAUGUGGCAAGGGCUUCGCUGACAGCUCCGCCCGAGUCAAGCACCUCCGCACCCACCGUGGGGAACGGGCUCGGCCACCACCGCCCUCCACUCUCCUGAGGCCACAUAACCCCCCUGGCCCAGCACCCAUGGCCCCUCGACCCCGAGUCCGGGCCCAGCCCUCUGGACCCAGCCAGCCCCAUGUGUGUGGCUUCUGUGGGAAGGAGUUCCCCCGGAGUUCAGAUCUGGUCAAACACAGACGCACUCACACUGGGGAGAAGCCAUACAAGUGUGCAGAGUGUGGCAAGGGCUUUGGGGACAGUUCUGCCCGCAUCAAGCACCAGCGUGGGCACCUGGUCCUCAGGCCCUUUGGGACAGGGGAUGGUCGGGCAAGGCCCCUCAAGGAGGAGCCACCAACAGGGCUGGAAUGACGGGGGCCAGGGAGGGUGGAGGCCCAGGAGACCAAAGGGUUGCUUGAGCAGAGAAGAAAGGGCCUGGGAGGUGGUGGGAGGGAGGAGGGGAAGAAACGGAAGAAAGGAGUGACUAGAUAGAGAUUGGAGACUGGCCUUGGAGCUCAGGAAACUGUCCCAGCUGGGCUGAGGACCCUACCAGUGUGGUCUGUACCCGCAGCUUCUAGAACACUGCCUCGUACACAGUCGGCACUCAGUAAACACUUUUUGAAUUCAUAAACUGGCCUUAGCCUGACGACUCUUGAACCUAAAAUUCCUGCUGCCUCUUAACCUGUAAAGAUGGACGCUUCCCAACCUCGCGUCUGGGAGACCAGCACCCUGAACUACGGUUUGUUUAUCCUUAUGAGCUGCGACAAACAGACUGCUGGAGUUCAGGGUGACAAUUAGGCAGGGGAAACCUAGUCAUCCUUCUGAGAGGAUUGCCAUGUGGCAGGCAGUACCCGGCCCCAGGCCACUGACAUGGGCUUAGCCUGGAAAGGGGCUCGGACAGAGCCCAGACCUACCUGCCCUGGAGAACCCCAACCUACCCUGACACCUGGACACUGGCAGAAUAGACCAGUGAGCAGAAGGAGCACUCCUGCUCUGGACGCCAAGGUGACGGGGAGAAGGACAGAACAAGUGAGAGGCGGGGAAGAAGCUCCAAGACCAGACAGCCAUGUCUCCAUGUGUCUCCUUGCUAAUAAACUGCUUCUCAUCUGAGG